AUGGUCCUAGACUACAGCAAAUGGGAUGCCCUUGAGCUUUCCGAUGAUUCGGAUAUUGAAGUCCACCCUAAUGUUGAUAAGCGUUCCUUUAUCAGAGCCAAACAAUCUCAGAUUCAUCAGCAACGGCAUCAGCGCCGCGUGGAGAUCGAGACUCUGAAGUAUGAACGUAUCAUCAAUGACGACCUGCUCUCACGGAUAGACAAGCUUCUUGCAUCGCUUCGCGAGCAUGAUGGUUCCUCGCGGGAUCCCGAAGAGGUAGUCUUCCAGGUUGUUAUGGAGUGUGCAAGCAACCCUGCCCAGGAUCAGCCCCCCCCGGCCCCGGAGGGUGUCCAUUCCCAGGUGAAAGAGCAGCCGAAGUAUUCGCAGAUGCUAAGCUCUUUGGUAGACCAAGUGAAGAAGGAGAUUGGCGAGCUGAGCUCUGAAAAUCGUUUCCAGUCAUACAUCAAGGGUGUAGGAGUUCACAAGGACAAAGUAGAGAGCUUGCAGAAAGAGUUGUUGGCUCGGCUUGCGCAGCUAGAGAAAGAAGAGGCCAGCAAAAUCACGAGCGACAUGCUGCAUACCGGUUUCGACACCUCUCAUGUGUCGAAGGCAGCCGACAAGGGAAAGACACCGGCUACAGCCUCGGCCAAACUGGGAUCGGUGGAACUGUUGAAUCCUAGUGCAGUUCAAAGCGACGCGAAACACGCUGAUGAUGAUGAGCCCGUCGAUCCGGAUGAUAUCAAAGCCAGCGACUUAGCGAAGAAAUUUGCUCGCAUCAACCCGAAUGACUACAGAUCGCUACUUCAAUUCAUCACUGAGCACCCGGAGAUUGUCGCAGAAAAGGAGACGGAUGGCUUGCUGGUCGAAGCCUUCAAUAGCCAGAUGGAAGGAAAGGAAGAUUAUGCUCGUCAAUGCGUUCAUCAGGGUUUGCUGUUGCAAUACUGCCGCUCUCUGGGCCGGGAUGGCAUUUCCCUCUUCUUCAAGCGGAUUACAACAAAAGAUCACCAAGCAUCAACACUCUUCCGCAACGACGUCAACGAGACCUACAACAAGAUCAAGACCCGUGCUGCAGAACUCUCUAAAGAUGGCUCGGCGGCCAAUGAUCCUGCUGGAGUGGAGCAAAUCCAACUCCAUGCCGUCGAUCCGAAUACUAAGAUCACGAUCAACAUUCCGCCUGCAGAGAGCAAUGACCCGGUAGAUAUCGAAGCACGCAAGAUCUUCGAAUCCUUCUCGAAGGAACUCCAGAAGGCAUUGGCCUCGGAGUCGCUGGACGAGGUCAACAAGGUGCUCGGUGAGAUGUCAGUCAGCGAAGCAGAGGACGUUGUCGAGAAGCUUGGGGCUGGCGGUAUGUUGAGUCUUGAGGAGGGAAUUGUUGACGCAACGACAGAGGAGGGUAGGAAGAAGCUGGAAGAGAUUGAAGCUGAAGGUAGAAAGGAAAGACAAGUUGAAGACAUAGGAGAACCUGGUGGGGAUAUUACAGAGCUGGAUUGA